GCUCGGCUCUGCUCGUCAUCGACCCCUUUCACUGCGGCUCCAUCGCCGAGCGGACUGGCCCACUGCUCUCAUCCGAGUCCUCAGCGCAAUCUGUCGGACCUACUGAACCAGCGGCGUCGGCUCCUUGGAAGCCUCCAGCUCUCGCACAAUGCAAGCUAUCAAAUGUGUGGUGGUGGGAGACGGGGCUGUGGGAAAGACCUGUCUGCUGAUUAGCUACACCACCAAUGCCUUCCCUGGUGAAUACAUCCCCACUGUCUUUGACAACUACUCUGCCAAUGUGAUGGUGGAUGGGAAACCAGUGAAUCUGGGCCUCUGGGAUACAGCUGGACAGGAGGACUACGAUAGGCUCAGACCACUGUCCUACCCACAGACGGAUGUGUUCUUGAUAUGCUUCUCCCUGGUCAGUCCGGCCUCCUUUGAGAACGUCCGAGCUAAGUGGUACCCUGAGGUGAGACACCACUGCCCCAACACACCCAUCAUCCUGGUGGGCACCAAGCUGGAUCUGCGAGAUGACAAGGACACCAUCGAGAGGCUGCGGGACAAGAAGCUCUCCCCCAUCACCUACCCACAGGGCCUGGCCAUGGCUCGAGAGAUUGGGGCCGUGAAGUACCUGGAGUGCUCUGCGCUGACCCAGCGGGGCCUGAAGACGGUAUUCGACGAGGCUAUCCGAGCCGUGCUCUGCCCUCCACCUGUGAAGAAGAGGGGAAAGAGGUGCACCAUGUUCUAAGGAGGAAACACUGCUAUAACACUACACUACAUCACCAUGAACAACAACCACUACUUCUCUGAGAGGAUGAGAGAGAAAACUAGCGAGCGUGAGUGUGCACUGCUGAGAUUGCUUUCUUUAUAUUGAUGUUUUUUCAAAGCGAUAUUGGUGACAAGACCAAUAUUUAAUCUGAUUUUUUUACCAUUACUGAAUAGAUUCAUAGGUUCUUUGUGAAAGACAUUGACUGUCCACCUACUUUGUUUGCCAUGAGGGCUGACUGAGGUUUCUAUUGUCUUCAUACUACAACAUCUCUUCUUUCUCAGCCAUGCUUGCUUGAAUUAAUGCAGUGUUGACUAGCUAGAAAGUGAACUGUGAAUACGCCUUCAGGUCAGAAGUUACCCUCAGCUCCUGAUCUAAGAUCAGCAUGUGGAGACGCAUACUGCUGGCAUGCACACAGAAAUCUGUUGAACUGACAAAGCAGAAUAACAACAGGCUGUAGUCAGUACAUUCACAAAUACAGCAAGAUGUCCUCAUGGAAAUAAUGUGAUCCAUUAAAGGGAAAUUCCUUAUUUUUGUAGUUUAAGCCCUCAUCCCAGUCUGUAAUCAGCAAUGUGAAAAUCUAACUUGUGAUAUUCAUUAUAUUAGUUUUGCAAUAAUAUGCUUUUUACAAAAUCAGUGUAUUAAAAAGUAGAUUUCACAGAAGAUGUUAAUGGAGGUCCUGCAGCUUAAAACAAGAGGUUAAAGUGGCCGAGGCUGGCUGACACGGUGGUCUGACUCUCAGCAGACAUUUUAGCGAGUAAAGUGUUAUUGAUACUCAAACUAAUCACCAGAAUAAAUGUUGGCUAAGUACGUUUCUGCAAAACCACAACUAAGUUCGAACCUUAUGUUUCUUAAUGUUGCAGCUUCAUGUUUUUCUUUCAUCACAGUGCUGUGCUUAUGCUCUGAUAAGGUUAAGGCACAGAAACACUUGGUCAGGGUGAGGAAGACAUCACGUUUUGACUUUGGUUGCCACAAACAUAGCUGCAACGUGUCCUGAGGACUCCUCAAAAAUAUCCGGUGGUUCCACGCUUACAGACGCUGAAACAGACUGAUUCAUGGUGGCUGUAACUCUGCCACCAUACCCUCCACCUCCCAACAUGAAAGUCAAGCACUAAACAUGUGAUGUGAUUGUGAUUAACACAUUUUGCAGACAUGUGAAAAUUAAACAUAGCCUGUGAAAUACACAGAUUUGAACAUAUCUGUGUUUUGCAGAAACAUUAGUGGUGACUGUGCUGUGAUACUGAUCAUGAUGAUGGACAACACUAUAAAAUGUUCGCUGAAUAAGAUUGUAUGGAAAAGACCUAGCAAAGGAUUGUGACAGGCGUUAAAAGUCAGUAACAAGUGGCUGAGAGGUCAAAGUCACUAUGUAAUCUUAACAGCUUAACUUGUAAAAAGUAGUUUAAAAAGUAGCUUAAUAGUCCUUAACAUCUACUGGCUUUAUGAGCUUUCAGCUGUAUCUCAUAGACUUCAUCAGGAAGACUUCUGUGAGUCAUUCAUUGGGUCUACGUCACUAAUGUAGCCCGUGAGGUGUGACUGAUGAUUUUGAAAAAAGCUUGUACCUAGAGUUCAGAUCAUUUUGUCACGUAAGCUGCAGUUAUUUCACUUUUAGCAGCAGUGUAGUCAGUGUGUCCUAUCCAUUAAUGGUGAAAAAAGAUCUGCUCCUUGAACACGUUUGUGUUCUCACUUUGAACAAACAUCUGAUCUUAGUCAAGUGUCUGUGGGUAACUUCAUCUAACUGUGAACAUGUGAACAGACGAGCAUGCCAAACAUGGGGGCUGUACAACCUUGCUGCCUGAGUUCUGCCUCUGGGGGUGGAGGAGCUUGCAUGGGUCUUAAAAUAUUCUGUCUUAAUUUAUCCCAUUGUUUAGAUCUUGUCUCUGUUCUACUGUUUGUGUGUGCGUGUGUGUGUGUGAGAAAGAGAGAGAGAGAGAGAGAGAGAGAGUGUGUGUGUGUGUGUGUGUGUGUGUGUGUGUGAGAAAGAGAGAGAGAGAGAGAGAAAGAGAGAGUGAGAG